AUGGCAAAAACCCCCAACGAAUACCACAUUCCAGAAGUGCUCGGCUCAAGCAAAGAAGGCCAGAUCCGAUCCGCCCCCGCCUACACAAUCACCGGUCGCCAAAAGCCUCGGCUUCCUGAGUGCAUCACUUUCCCUGGUCCCGGCCAUUACGACGCGAAAAUCGAUCCGCUGGUAAAGAAGGCUCCGAUGUUCUCAAUGGCCACCCGAUUCAAGGUUCCGACGGACGAGGCGAUGAAACCAGGCCCAGCCGCCCAUCAUCCGGAGAAGGGAUACUACAUGCAUCGUUCAGUCCCUGCCCCGACUUUUGGCGUUCGCCAUUCUCAGUAUUUAGGUUACAAGAACAUUCGAUUGGCAGAAAACAUCCGGAAAGCUUACUGGGACCCAUAA